AUGGGCGACAUGACGGCGCGCGACGCCAUCACCCAGGGCGAGCGCACCCUCUUCUUCAAGGUGCCCUUCAUGGCGGUGCCAGACCUGGUCGCGUCCCGCAGGGUGCUGCUGCGCGGCGGGGUGGCCUAUGUGGCGCAGGAGCAGGUCUACUCAUUGGUGCUGGGCGCCUUCCGGGCGCACCUCAGUGCGGCGCUCGCUGAGCUGGCGCAGCGCUGGGGCGUGUUUGCGGCGACAGAGGCCGGGCGCCUGGCGCCGCUGGUCGAGGCGAUGCCGACAAGGAGCCUCAGCAGCAGCGAGGGGAAGAAGCUUCCCGGCGGCGGCGAGAUCACCGCCGCCCAGGUCCACCAGAUCGCGGCGGAGCGCCACCUGCCGCCCUGCAUGUCCCUCAUGUACGAGCGGCUGGCCUCUGAGCACCACCUGAAGCACUACGGCCUGCAGCAGAUGAGCCUGUUCCUGAAGCACAUCGGGCUGCCAUUGGAGCAGGCGGUGCUGUUCUGGCGGUCAAUGUUCUCGCCAAGGGAGCCCCUGCUCGAUGGCGGCGGGCCGUCCCAGGCGCUCUCCGCUCUCGCGCCAGAUCAUCCGCGCCUGGGGUCGCGGGGCCGAGUCCCGCCGCGCGCCGCCUCGCCCCGCCCCUCUGUCUGCCAGUUGCCUGACGAGCUGGCGUCCCUCCUUGCGCGCUGCACGUGCGUUGCCGUGUGCAGGACCCCCGCCGACAAGUUCAAUCGGGAGUACGCGUACAACAUCAGAUACAACUACGCACAGGAGGGCAAGCGCGCGGACUGGGGUGAGUGGAGCUGCGUGCGCAUCAUCCAGCGCGAGGUCGGGCCCUGCUCCAACGCGGGCGAGUGCAACGGCGGCUGCCCCUUCAAGCUGCUGGACGAGCCCAAGCUGCGGCUGCUGCUGGGGAAGCUCGGCUGCAGCGACAGGCUCGCGGCCGACGCGGCGACCAAGGCGCGCGGCAAGCACUACCAGCUGGCCUGCGCCCUGGCCUUCGAGGGAAUUAGUGGGGUGCCGCACGACACGGGCAUAAACCGCCCCUCGGAUUACUACGUGGCCAGCGUGGAGGCCGCCGCCCCCAAGGCGGCGGCGGGGGCCCCCGCCCCUGCGGCGGGGCAGCAGCAGCGGCAGGCGGGCGACGGCGGCGGGGCGACGCCGGCGGGCAGGGGCGCGGGCGCGUUUGGGACGCCUGUGGGGCCGACACCGGGAACGGCAGCUGGCGGCGGCGCGGGGUUCGGCACGCCGUUGGCAGCCCCAAGGUUCUAG